CUCCGCAGGAGUUUAUCUGGAUCUAUAUAUCCCUCCGCGCCUGCGCGUCUCCGCACCGCCAUGCUCUCCCCGGGGCUCUGCGUCUCUCUGCUGGCCGCCUGCCUCGCUCUGUUCCCGGCUGUGGAGGUCCGGGCCGCCUCCUGUGAGCAGGUGCGGAUCCCGCUGUGCUGGUCCAUGCCCUGGAACAUGACCAAGAUGCCGAACCACCUCCACCACAGCACGCAGGACAACGCGGUGCUGGCCAUAGAGCAGUUUGAGGGGCUGCUGGGUACGGGCUGCAGCCAGGACCUGCUCUUCUUCCUCUGUGCGAUGUACGCUCCCAUCUGCACCAUCGACUUCCAGCACGAGCCCAUCAAACCCUGCAAGGCCGUGUGUGAGCGGGCGAAGACCGGCUGUGAGCCCGUGAUGAAGAGAUACAACCACAGCUGGCCCGACAGCCUGAGCUGCAGCGAGCUGCCGCUGUACGACCGGGGGGUCUGCAUCUCCCCGGAGGCCAUCGUGAAGGCAGAGGGACCAGACCCUUACUACCAGGACCCAGCCAGGUGUAACCCAGAAUCCAAUCCAGACUUUCCAAUGGACUCCAAAAAACUCCACUGCCGAGGACCAGAUGGAGAUCGCUGCACCUGUAAGACAGUCAAAAUGGGUUUGAAAAGCUACACGAAGAACAACUACAACUACGUGAUCAGGGCGAGGGUGAGGGAGGUGAGGAACCGCGGCAUGGAGCCCACAGCGGUGGUGGAGGUGAAGGAGGUGCUGAAGUCUUCUCUGGUCAACAUCCCCAGAGAGGUCCAGACUCUGUACUACUCCUCGUCCUGCCUCUGCCCUCCUCUCACUCCCGGGGAGGAGUACCUCAUCAUGGGCUACGAGAACGAGGAGACCUCCAGGUUGCUCCUGAUUGACGGCUCCAUUGCUCAAAGGUGGAAGGAAAAAAUGGGCAGGAAGGUCAAGAGAUGGGAUAAGAUCAUGCAGGGGAGAGGCCGAGGAGCUCAGCGCCAGGGUCGCCACUGAGAUCUGAGUGUGUGUGUGUGUGUGUGUGUGUGUGUGUGUGUGUGUGUGUGUGUGUGUGUGUGUGUGUGUGUGUGUGUGUGUGUGUGUGCGUGUGUGUGUAUGUUUGAUCAUGUAUGUGUAUGUGUGUGUAGAUAUUGCACUAUCCCAGGCUGUUGUAGCUGAAUGUAGUUCAUCUCUGCAUCUAUCAGACAGUUUGGAGUCUUAAGUUUUGUCAUUUAUCAUUUUUUUUGCACAAACAUUAUUCAGCGUGUGUUUUUUUGAUCGUAUGCUAAAUGUAUGUGUGAAUUUGUGUGUGAAUGUGUGAGUGUGUACACUUAAAGCACUCAAUAAAGACAAGAGAGGGGGUGAAGCUUUAAGCUGUAGUACUAACCCUACGCACAGCCAUACAGUAUGUACAUGACACUUUUUUGGUAAACAAUAAUAAUUCAGUGGUGGCUCUCCAUGGUCACAGUCCAUAAUAACCCUGAUUUGUACCAUGUUGCCAUGCUGAUGGGAAGGCGGACAUUUAAAGCCAUUUGGACAUGUUGGACUAUAAGAGAGAGACCAUAACUUUACUGAUCUCUGGCAUGAAAUCGUUGGCAAUCAUUGAGUAAAUAUGCAAACCUAGCACUUUUUUAAACAUUUACAAGGCUUGUCUUUGCUCUAGCGUCACAGGAACUCCAUCUUCUUCUUCACUAAAAUGUAAACAAAUAGUAGCACACACCAAAUGCAUAAUAGGCUACUAGCAGAAGAUAAAGGAGGUAGGAGAGGUGGGAUGAUUGCAUAAAUACAGACGGUACGAAUGAGCUCUGUAACAAACAACAAGGAUUCAUAUUCAAAUGUUUUUUAUAUAACAGUUCCUGCUGUCAACAGUCAGUGCUCUACUUUUAUCAGUAUACUAUACUAACACUCUGGACUCUUUGCAGAAGUUUGAACCAUUAAAAUGAAUUUAUACCACA